GUUGGGUGACAGAAUACCAUUUGAAGGAGCAAGUGAACCUGACCAAGUUUCAUUUAAAGCAGACACUGACAUCUUGCAGAAUGCAUUAGAUGAAAAUGACACACCCUAUUAUGAUGUAUCUAGAAAUGCCAGACAUGCUGAUGGAGUUUUCACCAGUGACUUUAGCAGACUUUUGGGUCAACUUUCUGCCAAAAAGUACCUUGAGUCCCUUAUUGGCAAACGAGUUAGUGCCAACAUCUCUGAAGACCCUGUACCAAUCAAACGUCACUCAGAUGCAGUCUUCACUGACAACUAUACCCGCCUUAGAAAACAAAUGGCUGUAAAGAAAUACUUGAACUCAAUCUUGAAUGGGAAAAGGAGCAGUGAGGGGGAAUCUCCUGACUUCCCCGAAGAGUUAGAAAAUUGAUGAAAAAGCUCUUUGGAGAAAAGCUGAUGACGACUUCCCAAUGAAUUCUUGAA